CGAUCAGAGACCGCGGCGACGUCGUCAUAACCGCACACCUGAGGCCCUUAUAAAAGCGCACCCUACCACCGCUCGCCUCAUUUUGCGUCUGACCGCUUCGGCAGUUGCGUCGUGCUUUGCAGCUCAAGUUUUCGUUUGUGUUCAAUUUUGUUUCGUUUUCCGAUCGUCGCGACCAUGAUGUCGACCGCCGUCGAAGAUCCUCAGCCCAUUUCCAGAACAUAUCAGUAUCGGAAAGUUAUGAAGCCGAUGCUAGAAAGAAAAAGACGUGCUCGUAUCAACAGAUGCCUGGACGAAUUGAAAGAGCUUAUGGUCACAGCCCUUCAGAGCGAAGGCGAGAACGUAUCCAAGCUCGAAAAAGCAGAUAUCCUGGAGCUCACUGUGCGUCACCUUCACAAGCUUCGCCGCCAGCAACGUUUGUCCUACAAUCCUGUUAUCGACGCUGAUCGUUUUCGUGCAGGAUAUACGCAUUGUGCCAACGAAGUGUCCCGUUGUUUGGCUGCCACUCCAGGAGUAGACGUUCAUCUAGGAACCAAACUCAUGACACAUCUGGGCCAUCGGCUCAAUGAAAUGGACAAAGUGUCGCCCUUAGUUAUAAACGUGCAAGGAUCAUAUACGCCUCCCGGUUCUCCAAAUCUGGAUGGAUCUUCCACUCCAUAUACGUUACCUCUAACUCCAGCCUCAUCAACGUCUUCUUUGAGACAUACGCCCUCUCCAGCUCAGCCCAUCGAUUGUACCACUUCUGGACUUUUGAAAGUAGCUUCUCAAGACGAAAAAGUGUGGCGGCCGUGGUAAUUUUCCUGAAAAACUGUUAAUUAUUAUAUAGAUAUCUUGUUAUAAAUCUCAUACUCCUGUUGUCUUUCAUAAUAGUGUCAUCAUAUACGUUUAAUUAUAUUUUCGUAUAGUGCAUUGCUCAAUAGCUAUUAAGAUACAAGGGUUGAUCUCCUUUUAAAUGACAAAGCUUUAAAUUUAGUUUUAAGUACCUAGUUUAAGUAAAAAUGUUGUGUUUGAAAAGUAGAUUUUAUAAAAGAUUGUGAUAUUUAUAUAAUGCUGGUACCUGUGAUUUUUAUAAUGUAACGAUUGUUGUGGUUCACGUUAAAAUGUAAAAAAAUACCACAAUGUAUUGCAUGUUCAAACUGUGAUACGUAUGUGAAAUUUUUAAUAAAUUUUAAUAAAAAAUAAUUACUAAAUA